UGAUCCAACACAGGCAAACAAAAGUUUGUGUUUUUAUCAGUUCUUCCUUCUCAUCUUCUUUCGUUACAAACCCACUCCUAUGGCUUCCACCAUUGAAAUUGAAAAUAAGAGCAAAGAGAUAGAAACAGAGAUUCUUCCAUAUAUCCGCGUGUACAAGGAUGGCACAGUGGAACGUCUGAUGGAGUCUCCGAUAGUGCCACCCUCUCUCCAAAAUCCAGAAACCGGUGUCUCUUCCAAAGACAUUGUUAUCUCCGACCACCCCUCCAUCUCAGCUCGUCUUUACCUUCCCAACUCCGUUCAAUCCAACCCCAAAAAGCUUCCCAUCCUGCUCUACUUCCACGGCGGCGGCUUCUUCAUGGAGUCCGCCUUCUCCUUCCUCGACCACCGCUUCCUUAACCUCCUAGUCUCCGAAGCCAAGGUUGUCGCCGUCUCCGUCGAGUACAGGCUGGCGCCAGAGCACCCUCUUCCGGCAGCUUUUCACGACUCCUGGGAAGCCCUCAACUGGGUUACUUCCCAUUCAAAUUCUUCCGACACAAACACAGAGCCGUGGCUUCACGACCACGCUGACUUCAAGAGAAUCUACAUAGGAGGUGACAGUGCCGGCGCUAGCAUUGCCAACUACUUGGCUCUUCGCGCUGGGGUUGAAACCUUGAAAGGGAACGCGAAUAUAGCCGGUGCGUUCCUCUCCCACCCUUUCUUCUGGGGCUCCACCCCCGUUGGGUCCGAACCCAAUGAGGGUGCGUCGCACUUGCACGCGCGGAUUUGGAAGCUGGUGUACCCUUCUGCGGCGGGUGGGAUAGACGAGCCCACGAUGAACCCGUUGGGUCCUGGUGCGCCCAGCUUGGCCACUCUCGCGUGCUCCAAGUUGCUUGUUUGUGUGGCUGGGAAGGACGCGCUGAGGGAUAGAGGGCUUUGGUACUACGACGCUGUGAAGAACAGUGGCUGGGAAGGUGAAGUUAAACUGUUUGAGGUGCCAGACCAAGAUCAUGUUUUUCACAUUUACAACACCGACACUACCGCUGCCAAACAAAUGAUCGCACGCUUGGCUUCGUUUUUAGUUUCAAUAUAAUAUUAUGCAUAAAGAUGAACAUUCUCGUCACAUAUAGCAUCUACAUCUUGGACAUCGUUGUGUCCCUAAAUAAAAAGAUGAACAUUUUAAUAUUUGUUUUAAAGUCAUGUUAACUCCU